AAUCAAUUUAAUUUAUUAGUAUUACAACUGUGGUGCAUUUUUUUGAUAAAUGCAGAACCUAUGUUGGAAUUGUCCCAAGGUUUAUUGAACGGUACAAUCGAGGAAUCCAGAUAUGGAAGAAAGUAUGCAGCAUUCUUUGGAAUACCAUAUGCCAAACCGCCAAUUGGAAAUCUAAGAUUCAAAAAUCCUGAACCAGCAGACAAGUGGGAUGGAAUUAGACGAGCAAAUUUAUUUAAAAACACAUGUCCUCAAUUAAUCGAAGGAAAUGUAGUUGGAAAUGAAGAUUGUCUAUUUCUUAAUGUUUAUACACCACUUUUGAAGUUCGAUUCUUCUUUGACGAACGAAAAAACCAAUAAGAAAUUGUUUCCAGUCAUGGUUUGGAUACAUGGAGGUGGUUUUCAUGCAGGAAGCAGUAACAAUAUCCGCGGAAACUAUAUUUUAGAUCAGGAUGUGAUUCUUGUCACUGUUAACUAUCGUUUGGAAGCCCUUGGAUUUUUGUGUAUUGGAAAUUCAGCAGCACCAGGAAACUAUGGAUUGAAAGAUCAAGUUCUUGCUCUCAAGUGGGUCCAGAAAAAUAUAAAGUCUUUUGGAGGAGAUCUGAAUAAGGUUACAUUAGCUGGACAUAGCGCUGGUGGUGCCAGUGUCGCCCUCCAUGCUCUUUCGAAAGCCAGCAAUAAACUGUUUCAUCAAUAUAUAAUUCAAAGUGGCAGUCCACUAGGUACAUGGGCGUAUAAAAAAAGCAGCGACCUAAUAGAAUAUGCCAAAAAAAUUGCUCAACUUGUUUCCUGUGAUUUCAACACUACAGACAGUUUCGUUGACUGCCUAAGAACAAAAAGUGUAGAGAGUUUACUAAAAACAAGAAACAUAUUCGGUGAACUGGGAGAAUGGACUAAAAUUGGAUGGUGUACUACCGAUGAGCCUGAUACUGAAGAUGCAUUUCUAACUGACAGUCCAAAAAACUUGAUGGAACAAAAUCAAAUGAAGGAUUUGCCUUUUAUUGUCGGUGGUGUCACUGAAGAAGGAUUGGUACCUGGUUUAUACACUGACUCGUCACAAUAUUCUUUCGUCACAUCCAAAUUAGAUCAAUUGAUCCUUUUCAUUGCUGGACCUUUGCUUAAUUUUCAAAAUGAAACAGACUUUCUAGCAUCUGUAAAGAAAUUCUAUUUUAAUAAUUCGAUUGAUUUUUCUAACAAAGACAAGUUCCUUGAAAAUCUCACACAUUACAUGAGUGAUGGUUACUUUAUAUACCCAGAAGUGAAAAUGCUAGAAAAAGUAGCACCUAAAUUGACAAGUCCAAUCUACUUUUAUUCCUUUGGUUACCUUGGCACACACAGUAAUAAUUCUGGAAUUGAAAACAAUCGCAAUCUGGGUGUGCGUCACGGCGGAGAACUCUUAUAUCUUUUUCCCACGCCACAUCAUAACUUCACUAAAACAGAGAAAUCAAUUAGUGAACUAAUGGUGGAUCUUUGGACGUCAUUUGUUAUAAAUGGGAAACCAAUAUCAAAACAGUUCCAGACUGAUAACUUUUGGGAGAGAUAUAAUCCAGAAAAAAAUAACUAUCUUCAGAUUGGAAAUAUUAAUGAUAAUACAGAUCCCAGGGUAUCUCUGUCGAAUAAUUUGUUUACGAAUCGGAUGAACUUCUGGAGAAAAAAUUCUUCCUUCUAAUUUUAAAUAUACUUUAAAACGAUAAGUAAAAAAUAAUCAUAAAAGGAUUGCUU